CGGACGUACAUGUGCCGUUGGCAUGGCCAUCGGCAUUGAGUAACGUCCGGCGAUCAACAACAGUAGUAGUCACCGCAGCGAGAACCGUAACCAAUAAUUCAAGAUUCUCAUUAUAAGUGAGAAUACAGCAGCGACAAAAAAGAAGCCUUAGAAGAAACAAAACCAAACCUACGGCUACGUUUUGCCUGGAUGUUUGCACAUUUGUGUUGGAUAGAACUCGUCUCCGUACGUCAUCACUGUGGUUCAUUUGCUGCAGGUGGAUGUCUCCAUCCGAAAGAAGAAAUAAAAAACAAGACGAUACGGUGGAAAGCCCGCCAAUGAUCGACGCGCAAAAAGGAAGCGUGAUUCGGAAGGUUUUGUGUUGGGAGAUGGACGCACUAUGGGAUGCUGCGUGAAAGAAUAAUGUAGAAAAUGUAUGUAAAUAACAACAGUACCCGGCAUUUGGCAUAGUUUUCUGCAAAUACAUACCACACACACAGCUGUACAUGUACAUAGGAAUUUGCAAAAGAUCGCAAAUCAAAGUUUGCGCAAAAUGCACCGAAUUUGUAGCACAUGAUAACCCGCCUGGUAAAUAAUAUAUUUUGCUAAAAAAUAUGGAAUAAUCCACCACGGCGGUUAACAACCUUUUCCACACUGUCUCAUAGUGAUCAUCGAUCAACACGCGGUUCUCCCCACCCAGUGCAAACCAUCCCCCUUUGGAUAACCUCUUGAACGAGAGGCGCGCGCGCUCGCGCAGACCAACAUACAAUCCGUUAACGCACAGCCACCCAGCGCGCUGUCAGUGUCCGAUACCGGCGACGUCAGUGCCAGUCUGUCCCUGGAACUCGUGGCUAUCGCGUCGCUCGAAAAAGAUGAAGCCGUCCGCGACCAGUGAACGAACGAACGGGUUGGCGUCUCCCACCGCGACGUUCGAAGAGGAAUCGGUCACACCACCUUCCACCGAACCGCCGCACGUCCGGCUCGUGAUCGCCCUCGAACCCCUGCUGACGGUGCUCUCUAUUGUGCUGGACCUGGUGAAAGUGGUCCUGCUCGGUGUGCCGCUAAUAGUGCGCGAAAUCUACACCAUGUUUGUCCCGCGCCCACAGAAAGAUGUGCGCGGCCAGGUAGCGCUCAUUACCGGCGGUGGCAAUGGGUUGGGUCGUGCGAUGGCUCAACUGUUUGCGGCCCGCGGUUGCCAUCUGGUGCUGGUGGACAUUGAUCUGCAAGCGGCCGAGCGGACGGCCGAGGAGCUGAGGCAGCAGUACGGCGUGGCAGCCCGUGCUUACCGCGUGGAUGUGUCCCAGUACGAGCAGUGCCGGGCGUUGGGCGAACAGAUUGAGCGGGAUGGCGCCGGCCCGGUGGACAUACUGAUCAACAAUGCCGGGCUGAUCAUGUUUGCGUUCGUGAACGAUUCCGAUGUCGAGCGGGCGAACAGCGUGAUUGAUGUUAACAUGAAGUCGCACGUAUGGAUGACGAAAGUGUUUCUGGAUGGAAUGAUCAAGCGUAAACGCGGCCACAUCAUUGGCAUAUCGUCAAUGUCCGGCAUGUACGCCUUCCCGUGGGGCGUCGUCUAUUCGGCGACAAAGUUUGCCGUUUCCGGAUUCAUGGCUUCGCUAACGGAGCAGCUGCGCAUCCAGGGACUUUCGAAAAGCGUCCGAACAACCUGCGUUAACCCGUACUACGUGACGACACGAAAAGAUGUUAUUGAGUUCCUGCAGAAACCAAGGUUCGCUCCACUGACGGUAGAUGAGGCCGCUCGUGAAAUUGUAAAAGGAAUUCUACGGCAAGAUAUCGUUGUGACGAUACCACGAUUAUUUGGCGUUUUUACACGGUUUAUGUUGUUCUUCCCAGUGCCAGUUCAGCAGCUCGUUCGAGAUUAUUUAAUCCGCGAAUAUGAGCUAAACAAUAAUCUACACAUGUAAACCGCGUAUUCGACAAGUGAGGGAUUUUUUGUUUACCGAAAGUGACCGAAUAACUGCGUUCAAUUGCUGUCCAUAGUGCCGAUAAUCAUUAAGCAGAGUGACUCGAGGUUUAUGCCUGAUUAGUAUUUGAAAACUUCGUACGGAAUAGCUCCAUCGUUAUACUGUGUUAGUCAUUCGUUACCUUGUGUAGCAGUUGAUUAUUGUGUAUGCAAUGGUUGCAUACGACAGAUGAGCUUAAAGUGAAUUAAACUACUUGAAGUGAUAGAUCCUUUAAAUGAUAGUGAAUAAAAAUUAUAAUGGGGAAUAUGUGUCAGACAAACUA